AUGCUCAAAUUCAACCUUCGGGACCCGAAGAACGCACUGCUUCGCACGCGCCUCUUCCAGGGCGAUCCCGGAGUCGACACGCUUGUCCGUAUGCGGUCCAGUGACAUGGCCAACCCGCUCUUGGUUCAGCAGCGCAAGGAGUGGAUCAAGAAGCGGACGCGCGAGGUCACGCGGAAUAUGCGCGAUCUCUCUGGCUUCAUGUACUCGACGGACUUGUUCAACUGUCCGUCCUGUGGUAGCAACGAGACGCAGCACAGCCAGGGCCGGCGUAAAGCCAUGGCUGACCGAUGUCCGUACCGGUGGCAAGUUUAG